GCACCCCGCACCUUCAAACGCAAAGUUUGCUUGUGUGACAUACACAAACCUCUACUGUGAAGAAGCUCUACAAUGAAGCAGAACCUCUACUAAUUCUUGCUUAUAGUCUGGAGCGCGACACUGGACGGUGUUGGAUUUUCCUUAGACCUCGGAGUUUUAAUUAACGGGAGAGAUACACUUCAUACCGUGAUAUCAGUGAUAAAGGAGGUUUGUCGUGUGCACUAGUUCACCGUGAGUGGUUUGUCCAGCUCGUCUGCUCGUUUUUGGAAGCCUUUCAACUCAUUGACUACAUGAAGGAAGAAAGCACUUUUCGGUGGAGUGAACGAGGGCUUUACCGUUGGUGUUCACGCAUCGCUGGGCCACGUUCCGGUCCGGUCCAACGCAAAAUUUAAGUGUAUGCAUCGGAGAAGAGGCUCGCGCCCGUUUACCUCAAAACCGAUUAUAAGUGAAGCUCACUAUACUAACACAGAAGUCCAGACUUAAUCGUUUGCGUUUGACGCCUCUAACCACCGGCGAUGCUUUUAUAGAUUGUCAAACUAACAUUUUAGUGUUGUAUAAUAACACACUGGCAUUGUGCUGUUGCGAUAUCAAACCCGGCACAUCCACGGAAUUACAGUUUGAAGUCAAAUCUGGACACAGUUCAUGUCGCGUGGAUAACCGUGAGAGAGAUACGCGUGGGGAGCGAGACACUUGAGUCGGAUACCUGUAACUUUUCUCUCUCUCGAAUGCCCGAGAUUUUGCCGUCCGCACGCUCCUCGACACGGUCUUUUAAGUGGCUUAGUAUUCCGUAAUGGACGCGAUAUCUCCAUACAAAGUUCACCAGGCUCGCAGUCAAAGCUCUUCUCGCUGGGGAUCCGCGGCUGGACUGUAGACGUUGGUUUUGGAUCAGCGCUGCUAUUUAUCAUCGCAAACGGGAUUUAUAAACGGAAACUACAAUGUCCGUUAUUCGGUGUUGGUUGGGAACUCUGCUGCUUUAUAUAAUCAUUUCAGUCGUUGCUGGUAAAGUUUCCCCUACCAGUUCUGAUACCCUAUUCAGGGUCCCUGUCCCCAGUGCCACCUCGAGCCCACCGGAAAUUUACCUCCCUGCCAACUUCAAGCUCUCCAACACACAGCUGGCCUUCUUUUUACAGGAGAACCGAGUUCCGACACGCCCACGCGGUCACCCUCUUCAGCGGUCUGAGAGCUUUGUGGUAUUUCAGACGAAGGAGCUACCUGCUAUUAACAUCUCCCUCGGUCCCUUCACCCAAGACCAGGCGGUGUCCAAGGACUUACUGCAGCCAUCCAGUCCAUUGGAAAUUCCCGGAAGGCUGACGGUCAAUUGGAAAGUCCGAGCCUUCAUUGUACAGUCUAGGGUUUUUGCGAGCAACCCUUUGGUUCAGGUUCUGUUCUACAUCGCGGGGCGAGAUUGGGAUGACUUUAAUAUUCAGGACAAGCUUCCAUGUGUGAGGUUGCAUGCUUUCAGAGAUGUUCGGGAGAUCAAGACAUCCUGCAGGCUUCAGGGGAAUCUGGCACAGUGUUUGGCCCAACUGGAGCUCCCUUCAAUGUGGUUUAAUGUUAACGUAGCACCUUUGGGUCGCCACAAGUCCUCCGGUACCGAUGGGCUUGAGUUGAGCGGAGAAACCCUUCAGGUGGAGCUGUACUAUACGCUUCAUGAUCCAGACAGCAACGAUGAUUGUGUGGAGACUUACUCCCGUCGAGAUGGGGCAUCAAGAGGGGAGGGCUCGUCCCAACAACCGCUUCUCCGUAUUGGGAGCAUCAGUUUAUAUCAGCCAAGCCAGGAACAACUGGUGGUGGACAAACAGCUGGACAAGAACCUCUUUCUGAGGUUGCCGGAGAGUCCGUUGAAGCCUGGAGAGACCCUUAACAUUUUCCUGUUCUUGGUCCCAAAUUCAACAGUGGAGCAGUUUACACUCAAGGUGAAAGCUAAGAAAGGAGUGAACCUUCUGAGCACCAAAUCCAAGAGUAACCAGUGGAAGGUGCAAUGGGACGUGCAGUCUGGAGCCAAACACUCCAUUGCCACAGUGGAAGUCAGCAAAAUCAAAGGAGAGCCCGGGGACAUGACUGCCAGCAUCGAAAUCAUGCAGCUGGACUUUGAGAUGGAGAACUUCACCAGCCAAUCGGUCACCAGAAGAAUCAACUGGAACAUCGAUUACAGGGAUCAAACUUCAGUCCCGGAUGCGGAGAAGGUGGUGACAGAACUGACAGUUGUUCAAAAGGACAUCCAAGCCAUCAUUCCACUUUCAAUGGACACUGAGAUCAUCAACACGGCGGUUCUUACUGGCCGCACUGUGGCCAUCCCGGUCAAAGUGGUUUCCAUAGAGAUGAACGGAGCGGUCACCGACGUCUCUUCAUUCGUGCAGUGCAAGUCAUUCAACGAAGAUGUCGUCAAGGUGUCCAUGAAUUGCGACUACGUGUUUGUGAACGGGAAAGAGACGCGCGGCUCCAUGAACGCCAGAGUGAUUUUCAUCUAUGAGCACCUCAGUGCACCUCUUGAGCUUACUGUGUGGGUACCUAAACUGCCGCUCAAAGUAGAGCUGUCUGACAACAAGCUGAGCUUCAUCAAGGGCUGGAGGGUUCCCAUCCUGCCGGAUCGCAGAACGGCCCGAGACAGUGACGACGAUGAUGAUGAUGACCGCAAAGUGAGCCGUGGAUGUACGUUACAGUACCAGAGGGCCCAGGUUAAAGUUUUGACCCAGUUCCACACUACAUCUACCGAGGGCACGAACCAGAUGAUCACUAUGCUGGGUCCUGACUGGCAGGUGGAUGUAACAGAGCUGGUCCAGGACUCUCUGAAGGUUGUGGAUGUUAGAGUGGCUGAGCUGGUAGAUCGAACAGUGCUGGUGGCUAAUGAGUUGGGAUCAUCCACUCUCAAGGUUGAAUCCCCGCUUGCAGUGGAGGCAGUGCUGGGCGAAACACAGUUCUCUGUGGUAGACGAGAAAGUGUCCAUACUUGAGCUACGCGUUCAUGCCAUCUCUGGACUGGCACUUAAUCUGCAGCCAAGCCCUGGCAACAGCCAUACCAUGGUUGCCAAGGCAACUGGUCUGCAGACACUCUCCACUCCUAAGCAGGAGGCCAGUUUGUCCAUCUGGAUCUACUACAGCGACAACACUGCUGCCCCCCUGAGCAUGUAUGACCCUAAAGACUACAACCUCAACGCCUCCACAGCAGAUGACAAGGUGGUUAGCGUAUCCCAACAACCCCAACAGCGGUGGCCAGUCAUCGUCGCAGAAGGCGAGGGCUCGGGAGACAUAGUGCAUGUGGAGAUGACCAUCUGCGAAUCCUGCCAGAAGACUAAACGCAAGAGCGUCAUCGCAUCAUCUCCGGUGUUUGUAAAAGUCCGCUUCAGAACAGACGAAGACUCUGAGGAGGACGUGGAUCCAGAGCCCGAAAUAGAUACCAGAAUUACCUCGAUUGACCCCAAUGCAGGCAGUGAGGGAUACGAGCAGCCGGCGAGCAUGCCCAUCGAUUACACCAACUUUCCAACCACCAGCAAUCAAGAACUUACGACGGAAGAAAGCGACGACGAAGACGAAGAUGACAAGUUCGUGCACAGUUCCCAAGGCAUUACGCAUCUGGAGAUAGGCAUGUACGCUCUCCUCAGCGUGUUUUGUUUGGCCAUACUGCUGUUUCUUAUAAACUGCAUCGUGUUUGUGGUGAAGUAUCGGCACAAGCGCAUCCCCCCUGAAGGACAAGCCAACAUGGACCAUUCUCACCACUGGGUGUUCCUCGGUAACGGGGAACCCUUGCGUGCUGAGAGCGAACUCUCGCCUCAGACGGCAGAGAGUCCCAGCAACACUUUGGAGGGGGUACAGACGUGUUGUCACGGGGACCACCACAGCAGCGGCAGCUCCCAGACCAGCGUGCAAAGCCAGGUCCACGGCCGAGGAGACGGCAGCUCCGGGGGAUCCACCAAAGAGCACGGGGAAGAUGCAAGCUCGCCCACAUCCAAACGCAAGCGUGUCAAGUUCACCACUUUUACCCAUCCCGCAGAGGACUUACCCUACAACUCCAUCCCCAUUGCCAAUGAGGAGGACAUACAGUGGGUGUGCCAAGACAUGGGCUUUCAAGACCAAGAGGAACUGCAUGACUACAUGCGCAGGAUAAAGGAAAUAGCCUGAUCUGGCGAGGCACUUUCUAAAGACGCUCCUUUCUAUUUUUCUCUCUUAUUUUUCACUCUAGAGAAGGUACCUUUCACGAGAACAAGAAACCGAGGCCUAGUGUUUAGUCUGGGUUUUCUGCACAGUGCCGUUUCCUCUACACCUUGACACACAAAAAUUCAUAACACUGUCUGGAAAGCCAAAGACGAGUCUAGGGGAUUGGUAUAUCUCAAGCAAAUACGGCUUUUGCAGUCUGACUGCUGCUCAGUAGAAGGUUGAGUGUACAAUCUUUCGGGGAAACGGAUUUUCGGUUUUGAGCACGGAUAUCAAGAUGGAUUCUUUAAGUACUCGAUCAUUCUUGUAGUGGGAUAUGUGGGUCACCCCGCUGUGGACAGGAUCUUUCUCGGAGGAAUGCUUGGCGUCUUGGCACUGUGUCCAUUAUUCUUCUCCUCUUAUUUUUUUUUAACAGAUUCUUCUCCGACAAAGCGGCCUUUGAAGUGCAGAUUCUAAUUUUAGCCCAGAUUUGUGAUCGAGACGGAUGAUUUUCAUGCCACUGUUGAUAACACUUGGCCACAGAAACCGUCAUGAACGUUUACGAGAACAUGACAUGGAUUCCUGUCACUGUUGGAAAAUGGUUUUAGUACCCCCGCCCCACCUUGCUCAUCCUUUAUCUCCAUUCAAUCCGUUCAUACUGUAUGUCUUCAGGGUUUCAUUCUCUCCUUCUCGGUUAAGUCAAAAGCCUUAUUAAAGGGAUUUCAAUAGUCAAAACCUUUCUCUGUUCUGACACUGUUUGCUCACAUUGGUAUGCUAAAUAAACAUUUGUGAGGUGAGGUGGAAAGCAGGAGCUUGUACAUUGUGGAGUUAGAUAUCUUCUCCAACAUUCCUCAGCAUGAAUGGAGGCAUAAAUUUGGUUUCGUUGAUCUUAUUUUAGUUUGUAUUGUGAGAAUUAUCUAAUCAUACAUUAAUGAUAUUAUACGACAUAUCAUGUUAUCAUGCAUUACAUGCAUGUUCCAGACCUGCCCUUCUGUGUCCCACCUCCUUUGUAUAUACUUACGUUUAGAACAUACUGACUGCUAUAACUCUCUGUGAGCGUGUGGAGUAACGGAGACAGGCGCCAUUUAGGGACUCAGAUAUUUGAAUUCUGGAAGGUUUCUGUCUUUUUAAUGACCUCACCAUGAAUUCCCACCCAAGUGGUUAUAGAGCAACGUAAGGACAAUAUGCUAUGCAAACACACUGGAGGGGUUUAUUAUUGUGGUUAAAUAAAUCGGCCCCCAAAUAUCGCUAUAGCAUCACAGUUACGUUCAAUUAAGAUUUAUUGCUAGAAUUAUCGCAAAACGAGUUGUAACACCUAACACAGUGUGAUUUGCUGGUUUUGGGAUUUUUGUAACUUUUUAGAUACAAUCAAAUUGGCUUUCCAUUUCAAUUUGCUAUUCUAGAUUUCUAGAUUUUUACAAUCCGCCAACUCGUAAAAAUAAGUUGCAAUUAGUUAGUUAAGCAAUUAUACGUUACAGCAACUCAUCAAUUUGAUUUUACUUGAAAUUCAAGUCAGCAAGAAAAAACAUUGUGUGCUGUUUGUUUUGUUCAUUUAAUCUCACAAAAUUCGUUCAAGCAAGAAAAUCUAUGAAAUGUUUUUUAGCACAGUAGAUCAGUACAGCCCAGAUAUGUAAAGUGUUUACUAGUGUAGAAAUGAUUAAGCUGGUAACAGAUUUUGUUUCGUAGUUAGUGCACAAUUCAAUUCUAUGUGUAUUGCUGCUAACCUGUCAGGGGUUAGUUUCAGGGUGCCAGUCCCUCCAGUUUGUUCAUGACGUCUCAAUUGAAAUACAUAUUUUCCCACUGUGCUUAUUGUAACAUUCAUGAUUUCUCAUUUUUAAUCCCUGUAAGCAGGAGGGAACAGCUGUAUUUUGUUUCUUUGUUUUUUAAUAAGAUUCAUUAUAUUAGACCGGAGCCCCUCAUUUAAAAAGGGGCCCUUUGCACUCGAAAUGGAAGUCACGAUUUACUUGAUGAGAACACACCCUCAUUCCUAUGAUUUAUAACCCCGUUCACCUCUUGUCAAGGGAUCCUAAUGUGAUGAUGUCUAAAUGUGUGGAAGAGUUUUGAUUGACAGCUGGAGCGCAGUUGGCAGAACUUUUAGUUUGACCCACAUUUCAGAUCCGAUGGUUCAGAACUGAAUGUAAACUUUUCAACUGUACCUUGAUGAUCAAAAGGAGCAUCCAAUGUAUUAUUAAGGUUUUCAAACGGCUCAGUUAGACUACUAGCGGAUCUCUGGUAGCAGCUCGUUUCAUUUGAGAAAUUAUUUUCCUAUUCACGUCAUUUGUAAGUAUCACGACAUUGGAGUCUCAUGUUGUUUUUAUACUUUCAUCAGAUGAUGUACGUAUGUAUAUGAAACAGCAGUUGCAAUAUAUGUGCUUUUAUUUUUAUUUUUCGAAGAGGAGCUGCUACUAGGCCUUGGCCUUGACCACAUGCUGUGUUGUGGUGUAGAGAUUCGAGCUGUACUUUAUGACCUGCUGAAGCACGGUACUAUCAGCCAUGUGCUGCCACACUCUUAAUGUACAGAGCACUGUUACAACUCCCUGUAUCCUCCCCAUAAAAGAACAACUGUUGUAUUUCCCUCCUUAUAUGUAAGUACUAAAGAAAAAAUACAAUGCA